GGUGAUGGCUGUUUUGGCACAUCGCGACUCGUGCUGCGGGACGAAAUGGAGCCGAUGACGUACGAAACAUAUCUGGACGCCGAGGCGCGCUGGCCGUCGACGGGCCGCGUGGUGCUGGCUCACCAGACGCCGUCGCACGUCGUCGUGUACCAGGCGUACAAUCCCACACUCGCGACGGCCAUCGUGGCGGCGCAGUGUCUGCAUGCGCCAAGCGUCGUUGCCGCCGGCUACAGCCUCCAGCGCAUGACGUGGAUCAAGCCCAACUUUCUCUGGAUGAUGUUUCGGUCCAAGUGGGCGACAGCGCGCAACCAGGAACGCAUUCUGGCCCUCUACGUGCAUCGCGCUGCGUUCAACCAGCUGAUUACGGACGGCGUGCUCAGCGCGUGCGACGAUGGCGCCGUGACCCGGGACGAGUGGACACAGCGCAUCCAAAGCUCCAACAUUCGCUUGCAGUGGGACCCGGACCACGUGCCCGACGGAAGCCGCCACCUCGGACGCCGCGCGCUGCAGAUUGGCCUCCGCGGCGACGCGCUGCUCGCGUUCUCAUCGACGAUGGUCGAUGGCAUCGUGGACGUGACCGACUUUGUCGCGUCGCAGCGACCUUGCGUCGCAGCCAUGCACCUCGAUGCGCUUCUCGUGCCGCGCGAAGACGUGUUUGAGUGGAACCCUCUGGAGCCCGCCACGUCAUCGCCACACCAAGACGAGAAGAGCACACCAAGACUAGAAGAGGCCACGUGGUGUUAGAAUGAUAAUCCUAUCAGUCGUGUGAGGGA